AUGGCCUCCUCCUCACGAUCCAUCUUACUCAAGGGCAUUCAUUCCAUCUCCCAUUCACAGAAUAUACGACCUUCUUCAUCUUCGUUACGACGUAUCUCCUCUUUCUCUCAAAGUCGGCAACAUGGUAAAUCACCAUCAAAGUCUAGCAUCUCAUCCUUCUCCUCCUGUCCCAUAUCUUUGCCAUCCGCCAGGCUCCCACAGCUGAGAGGUUUUGUGAGCAGCAGUAGACAUCAGACUGAACAGGGAGAGAAACUAGCAUCAACAUUAUCUCCAGAAGAGUACGAACAAGUCUCUGAACGGGAUAUGGACAUCUUACAUGAGAAUUUGGAAGUCUACGUUGAACAGUUCGGAGAAAAUGAUUGGGAGGUUGAAUAUAGUUCCGGCGUAAUGACCCUCUCCUUACCACCUCACGGUACAUACGUGAUCAACAAGCAACCCCCAAACUUACAGAUAUGGAUGUCAUCCCCUUUAUCCGGUCCAUCGCGAUUCGACUAUAUAACCUCAAAAGGGUGGGUUCACCAUCGAGACGAGAAGAUCGUACUUAAGGAUCUGUUAGAACAGGAACUGAGAGAGCUGUUGAGGAGACAGGGGAAGGAAGGUGAGGCGGAGGAAUGGGAUGGUACGGGACUAUGA